AUGAGACCCAGCCAGGGAGGGCAGUCCGGCACGACGACCCAGCCGUUCGGCCAGGCGUCCAGCUACGCGGCCGGACGCUCGCGGGUGGCAUCGCCGGUCGAUACCGGGGGCUGGGGACGCGCAGGAGCCGCCCUCGACGCGGGACAGCUCGGCGAGGACUGGACGCGCAGGCUGCCCAGACCGUCGGACCGGGAGUACUGCACGCAGGCCUGCCUCCGGGGCCUCUGCGACGGAUCCGACAUGGACCCUCUCUGUCCCAACUGGGGCGCGCACCGGCGGCCGCCCGACGGGAGCGGGCCGGAGCGGACGCGCCACCCGCUGAGCCGCGCGGCGCUGGCCGGCGAGGCGGUGCGGCAGCUGGAGGCGGUGACGAGCCCGUACGUGUCCGAGCGGUCGCGGGCCGCCAAGGUCGGCCCCUGGCAGCACCUCGGCGCCCGCAGCGUGGUGACCAAGCUGGAGCUUGACGGCUACGGCUACACCAUGGUGGCCAAGGUCGUGUACGAGGAGAAGGCCGGUGUCCUGGAGAGGGAGGAGGCCGUCUACGCCGGGCUCGGCCUCGUCGGACGGACACGGGGUGUCGUGGUGCCCGUCAGCCUCGGCUGCGCCACGCUGACCAGACGCUUCCCCCUCGACCCCUACCGACAGCGGCAGCCGGUCAGAGGCCCUGCCCUGAGGCACAUGAUGCUCAUGUCGUACGCUGGGCCGCCACUCGCCGGCGACCCCGUCUCGUUGCCGGAUCCGGCGGAAGUCGACGUCGAGGUGGAGAGGCAGCGCACCAUGGCCGAGCUCGACGCCCUCGGCCUCGUCAAGCACGGCGAGCGCAGCCUGUCGACCUUUACGUGGUGCCAGGAGUCGAGGCGCGUCAUGGAGCUCGACUUCGAGAUGGCCUACCUCAUCCCCCACCGGAUGUAG